GUCACAGUGGCAACCUCCCCACCUGGACCUGGCCCCUCCUGAGAGGUGAUGCUCCACUGUCAGAACUUGGAGGCACCUGCUGUUCCGCCUACAGCCCCAUUUCCAAAGGGAGACCAUCCCCGCAUCCUUCAAGUCAGGCUGGGGGUCUCCAUAGCGCAGGAUUAGACCAUCUGCCUUGCAUGCAGGUCUUCUGUCCUGGCCGGCAUCUCGGGGGGUGUGUGUGCUGGGAAUGUCCCUUCCCCCCCCCAUCUGAAACCUAAUUGAAGAAGGAUAUUGAGCAGCUGGAAGGUGAGCAGAGGAGGGCGAAUAGGAUGAUGAAGGGUUUGGAAACCAAGCCUGAUGAGGAAUGGUUGAGGCAGCUGGGUAUGUUUAGCCUGGAGAGGCGGAGACAGAAAGGAGAGCCAUCUUCCAAUAUCUGAAGACUGCAAGAGGGAGCAAGCUUGUUUUCUGCUGCUCCAGAGGGGAGGGCAGGAGAGGAGAUUCGGACUAAACAUUAGGAAGAACUUUCUGAUGGUAAGACUCUCUGGGACGGUGGUGGACUCUCCUUCCUUGGCUUUUAAGCAGAGGUUGGAUGCCAAUCUGAGGGAUUCAGCUGCAAUUUGGGGAGCACAUAGCACUGGCCUACUUUACAGCGUUGUUGUAACCACACAGGGCUGCUGAGCAUCCAAAAGUGCCUGACAAAUGUUGAGCCUUCCAUUUCAGUGUGGGGAACAGCUGCAGCGCAUCAGGAUGCGUCCAUCAACUUCCAUUUCUACUCUCUCCUGCAGCCAAAGGGGCUGGGCUGGAUUACCAAAUAGGCAGAGUAGGCACUGGCCUAUGGGCCCCACACUUUUUAGGGGUCCUGCAACAAUGGAUCAAAAUAAUAUUGAUUUGAUCUUGAAAGAAAACGACAACCAAGCUUUCUUAGUUCAAGGUUAUUCCAGCGUGCGCACGAGGCCUGCCCCCACCCCCCGAUUUUGACUGUCAAGGGACCUCCACAGAGUUUAAUCCAGCACUGCCCCAUGAACAGCCCAGUAUACUUGAAGGAGCGUUCUCACCCCCAUUGUUUUGCCCAGACACUGAAGUCCAGCUCCGAGGGCCUUUUGGCGGUUCCCUCACUGCAAGAAGUGAGAUUACAGGGAACCAGGCAGAGGGCCUUCUCAGUGGUGGCACCCACCCUAUGGAAUGCCCUCCCAUCAGAUGUCAAGGAAAUAAACAACUAUCUGACUUUUAGAAGACAUCUGAAGGUUGCAUUGUUGGGGUGCAUAAAUGAUGUUUGUUAUAUUAUUAUUGUUGUUGUUGUUGUUGUUUCUUAUAUUGUUGUUUGUUUUUUUCUAUUGCUUGUAUGCUUGUUUGUAUGUUUUUUUCUUUUUUCUUUCUAUAAUGUAUUUAUUUUAAAACAAUAAAGGCAUAAUCUCUAAACAGCUAUCUGACUUUUAGAAGACAUCUGAAAGCAGCACUGUUUAGGGAAGUUUUUAAUGUUUGAUGUUUUAUCACAUUAUUAUUAUUAUUAUUAUUAGUCUGUUGGGAGCCACCCAGAGUGGCUGGGGAAACCCAGCCAGAUCAGCGGGGUAUAAAUGAUCAAUUAUUAUUAUUACUACUACUACUACUACUACUACUACUACUACAACAUUUCAGGGUUUUUUGCUGCCUACUUGGGACUUAAAAACAUAAGAGGCCUAUUUACUGCAUAUGACAGGUGGGCUAUAUUCAAUAUGAAUGAUCACAGAUUGUGCAAGCCUAUCUUUCAGCGCACCCACUGGACUUAAUUGAUUGUGUGUGUGUGUGUGUGUGUGUGUGUGUCCAGUAGCACCUUAGAGACCAACUAAGUUUGUUCUGGGUAUAAGCUUUCGACCAACACGGCUACCUACCACUGGACUUAAGUAACACCUUCACACUCAUGGAUUUUCCCAGUUACAAAGUACCGGUAACUGGGUCUAGCAAUGUGCCUUCCCUCUUCAAUGUUAUGUUAACAGGCUUAGAAUAGUUGUGGAUUAGCUAGUCAACACACCUACACAUGCAUGCACACACACAUGCGCGCGCACACACACACAUUUGGCUUUAGAUUGAAAAUGAUGGUCUGCACUCUGCACCUUUGAAAGUCGUCAUAAAUGCUUAUAACUUGUCCAAACUUUGCCUGGGAGACCAGAGUACUGUUUAUGAAUUCAAUAAUAUUUCCUAUCAGGUUUAUUUUAAUUGCUUUUUGACAUCUUUCCCAACAGAGAAAUGUUGUCCUUGGGCCAAACUUAUGAUGGGUAUAAUUAAUUUUAUGAAAAUAAAAUAAAAUAUAAUUAUUAUGAAAUGAAAUUUUAUGAAAUAUAGCCACAGCACUAUUUGAAUAUCCUUUCCCUGGUGGAGGGUAGGAGGGAGAGAGGGGAAAAUAAACUGGGCUAAGCCCAAUCAAGAUGUCCAAUUAAUGGUAUCACUUUUGGAGCACAUUUUAUCUUCCAGUCAUUUCAACACCUCUCCCCCCAAUUUAGACUUAAUUUCUCAUUCUCAUAAAUGCAUUUAUCACCCAUCCUUAUAGGCACAUCGAGACUGAGAAAAACUGCAGAGAACUUUUUUCAAAAUCAGAGUGUUGACUUUAGCAGAUACCAGAAACAUUUGGCUUCAAGAGAAAAAGAGAGACUUCCAAGUUCGUUUAUUAUAUUUCAUAUGAUAUGAUUUGAACUGACCAAUUAAAAUGGGGGGGAGGGGGCUAAACCAUUGGGAUAAUUUGACGUGAUCUACAGAAGCAGCUCUUCGUUUUUCCCUGCAAGUAUAGAAAUGUGGGCGAUCUUCUAAGGAAACAAGGUAAUGCAGAGCAAUGCGCAAAAAAUGACAAUAUUCCUAGCCAAAUGCUCAGGGGAGAAGCCGGGCCCAGCAAUGCUUUUAACGGCAAGCAUUUUGGCGGGAAAGAGUGAGUGAGGGGAAGGAGGGAGAAGCGCCUCAUGUCGCCGUUAAAUCACCUCAGGCCUUUGUUGCGGCGGUUGGCCACGCCCCCUCCUCACCCCGACCGUUGGCUUCUUCGUGGGGGAGGCUCUCCGAAGCAGUGCCCCGCCCCCCCCCAUUUUUGAACUCCUGUCGUCAGCAUGAUUUUCCUGUCAGAGACCUUAACGUGUGGGGUGCAACGGGCCCACCUAGAAAUAAAAAUACAGUACCCGUUGUCUGCACCAGCCCGACACCCAUAAUUCCCACCGCUCCAGUUCGUCGGGGUGGGGGAGGGCGGCCAUGGGAGGGGCGGAGGGAGGGUUUUCCGCUGGCACAACUGACUGUGGCACACCUGCACCACAUUGCCUGUAACACACCUGUGGUACACUGCCCGUAGCACAUCUGUGGCACACCGCCUGCGGCAAACUUGCGGCACACCGCCUGUAGCACACCUGUGGCACCUGCAGCACACCGCCUGUGGCACACCGCCUGUGGCACACUUGUGGCACACCGCCUGUGGCACACCUGCAGCACACUGCCUGCAGCACACCUGUGGCACACCGCCUGCAGGACACCUGCAGCACACCGCCUGUGGUACACUGCCCGUAGCACAUCUGUGGCACACCUGCAGCACACUGCCUGUAGCACACCUGUGGCACACCGCCUGCGGCACACUUGCAGCACACCGCCUGUGACACAGCUGCAGCACACUGCCUGUAGCACGCCUGUGGCACACCGCCUGCGGCACACUGCCUGUGGCACACCGCCUGCAGCACACUUGCGGCACACUGCCUGUGGCACACCUGCAGCACACUACCUGCGGCACACCUGUGGUACACUGCCCGUAGCACAUCUGUGGCACACCGCCUGCGGCAAACUUGCAGCACACCGCCUGUAGCACACCUGUGGCACACUACCUGCGGCACACCUGUGGUACACUGCCCGUAGCACAUCUGUGGCACACCUGCAGCACACUGCCUGUAGCACACCUGUGGCACACUACCUGCAGCACACCUGUGGUACACUGCCCGUAGCACAUCUGUGGCACACCUGCAGCACACUGCCUGUAGCACACCUGUGGCACACAACCUGCGGCACACCGCCCGUAGCACAUCUGUGGCACACCUGCAGCACACUGCCUGUGGCACACCGCCUGCGGCACGCCUGCGGCACACUGCCUGUGGCACACCGCCUGCAGCACACUUGCGGCACACUGCCUGUGGCACACCUGCAGCACACUGCCUGUGGCACACCUGUGGCCACUGGUGAAGGAAGAGUUCGGUGGGAGCACACCCCCCUGGCAGCGGGAUCCCCAGGUUGCCAUCACGGCUGUCCCCCCACCCGUGCUAGGUGCCCUGCCCCCAGGAUGUGUACCACGCCCCUGCCGACAGCGCACCCCGCCCUUGGGAUGCGCACCAGCCCCACCCGCGCCUGCUCUCCGUCCCCAGUGCUGGAGCAUGAAGCUCCACCACUGCCUGUGGCACUUUUGCAGCACACCGCAUGUGGCACACCACCGGUGGCACACCUGCAGUACACCGCCUGUAGCAACCCUGUGGCACACAACCUGUGGCACACCGCCUGUGGCACCUGCUUAUUGCUGCCCUUGACUCAAGUGCCUCCCUCAAACCAAUCAAAGAAAUGCGAUGAGGCAGACAUGGGAAGAUGCGUAGAAAAGUGCUCGUGGUCACCGAAACAGCAUUUCAGGUUAUAAAUGAAAAUUGCAGCUGUUUCUCCCAUGUGAGAAGUUGCCUCAGGCUCAUCCAGGGGCGAAUUUUGGUUAUGUGGCAACCUGAGAGAGGACAAAUUUUGGCGCCCCUCCGCCCCUAAGUAUUUCUUAUUUUCACAAUAAUUCCUUUUGGUUCAGUGGCUUUUUAUGGAUCUUCUCAGACACUACCCCUAGCAAUACUGUAUAGGUUUUAUUAUUAUUAUCAUUAUUAUUUUGCGUCUUCUCAGCUCAGUGCCCUGUGGCGGGGAACUGCCCACAGCACCCUAAAUCCGGCGUUGCCUCAGCACAGGGAUAUAAAGAGCUUUCUAGCAUGUGCAUCACUAUAAAAUUGGUGCUUUUCAGAAGAGUAGCCACCCUGAAUUGCUUUGGGAAGGAGGGGUGGGAAGGGAAAUUUAAUAAACAAAUAAAUAAAUGGACGUGUCAGGCUUUGGUAGCAAGGGUCUGGUGGCAACUUCAGACCUAACACGUUUAUUAUGGUAUACUUUUUUGUGGGUUAGUGAUUCACCUGUGUGGCAUUGGGCAAAGUAAGCUUUACAGAGUGCAACAAUAAAGAGGUUUAAAAACAAACAACCCCUUUUUGAGAUCAGUUUUGGGAACUGAAGUUGCCACCUUGGUUUCCUGCAACCACAGCCCUCGACGCUCCAACAGUACUUUGAUUCCUUUCGUAGAGCUCCAUGGAAAAACUCAAGUUUUUAUUUAUUUUCUGAUUUGUUAGAUCCUCAAUAAAUAUCACUCUCUGGUGCACACUCUGUUCAUGGUGCACACUGGUGUUUUUUGUUUCAGCUGUGAUAAAAAUCGCAGCUGAAACAAAAACAUCAGUGUGCACAAUGAACAAUUAUAGAAAGAGCUAAAACCUAAAGUUGAGUUAGUCCUAAUAAAAGCAUUUGGCACUUCUGCCGUUUGGAUUUCUCUGCCUCCUGAACAGCUUUGUAAAUAAGCCCACAGAAGUUACUAGCCUACAAUUAAGAGAGAGUGAGAGUAGCUGGUGUUUCCAUACUGGUCCUGGAGAUUGGAAGCCCUUCUCUGCAGCCAGCAUGGGGAAAAAACCAGGCUACUAAUGGCUCCUUUAGCAGGCCAUUUUAAAAGUUGCCUUUUAUCAUAUGCACCCGUCCACCAUGUCUCCUGCAUCACCUUGCUGGCCAAGGAGGAAGGGGCAAGUGAUCCUUCGCUCCUCAGCCAGGCUCCUCACUUGCCUAUAUAGAACUCCUAGUUGCCUAUAGCAACCGGGAGAGUUCUUAAAUACAAAGUUUUACCAGCCUCGCACAGCUGCUUGCAUAUAGACUUUUUAACCUUGUGUUGAAGGAUGUAAGUAAGUCUCCUUUCAAGCCCUGAAAGCUGACCAAGGGCAGUCUUCAGGUGACUUAAAGGUAAAGGGACCCCUGACCAUUAGGUCUAGUUGUGACCGACUCUGGGGUUGCAGCGCUCAUCUCGCUUUAUUGGCCGAGGGAGCCGGCGUACAGCUUCCGGGUCAUGUGGCCAGCAUGGCUAAGCCGCUUCUGGCGAACCAGAGCAGCGCACGGAAACACCGUUUACCUUCCCACCGCAGCGGUACCUAUUUAUCUACUCGCACUUUGACGUGCUUUCGACCUGCUAGGUUGGCAGGAGCAGGGAACGAGCAACGGGAGUUCACCCCGUCGCGGGGAUUCAAACCGCCGACCUUCUGGUCGGCAAGUCCUAGACUCUGUGGUUUAACCCACAGCGCCACCCAUGUCCCACUUGCUGAAGCUUAAAAGGAAAUGUCUAGGGCCUGAAGGUAUCCGUGAAUGGCCUUAAGCUACUUGUGAAAGCGGUCACUGUGGUGGUAGCAACUAUUGGGGCAUGAUCCUUUGGAGACCAGAUGUGCCUCCUUUUUGGCAGCCUCCUCCCUCCCCGCCAAUACCACUGCUUCAACAGCCUCUUGGCAAAUAGGAAGCGCUGCUGGUCUUCUCCCAAUGGCAGAGGGUUGGACUACAGGGGUCAGCAAGGUUUACCUCGCCUGGGCUGGUUCACUCCAGCAGAGAUCCCUUCGUGGGCCGGAUUGUGCCUGCGAUUUCCAGUGCCUGCGUAUGCGCAGAUGCGAUAUCCGUGCUGCGGAAGCGAGUCCCCGUGUUGUGCCGGUUCAGCGCAGCGCGCGGGGACUCACCGGGCAGGCCGCUCAGUUUGGGGGUGGCUUAUGGUCCGGUUAAAUGACCCCCGUGGGUCGCUUGUGGCCCAUGGGCCUUAGGUUGCCUACCCCUGACAUAGGCUUUCAGUUCUACAACUGGGCAUGCAUCAUUUGAGAUGGCGGAACAUAGGAAAAGGGACUGUUGCUAUUUAAACCCCACCGGUCUCCUACCCUUAGUAUUGCAAGAUUGUCCUGAGAGCGCUUGGACUAAAACUGUUAACCAAAAAGCUUUAUUUUUCUGGUUUGUCACCGCAACAGUUAUUAACACUGGGCUUCAGUCAAGCAAAUAAUUUAAUUACGAUUACGUAAUUUAUGAUAUCAAGUGACAGAAUAAAUUGGCCACGAUAAGGAAAUUUUGUCCAUGGUAUGAUUAUUUUACACCUAGUCAUUUUGACACUCUGGCACCCUGUCUGCAAAAUUUGACAAUUCCAAAAUACAGACGCGCUUUUGCUUUCGCAAGAUUGAAUAUACUGCCUUCGGCUGUAUUAAAUAAUAAUAAUAAUAAUAAUAAUAAUAAUAAUAAUAAUAAUUUAUUAUUUGUACCCUGCCCAUCUGGCUGGGUUUCCCCAGCUACUUUGGGCGGCUUCCAACAAAGAUUAAAAAUACAUUAAAAUGUCACACAUUAAAAACUUCCCUGAACAGGGCUGCCUUCAGAUGUCUUCUAAAUGUCAGGUAGUUGUUUAUCUCUUUGACAUCUGAUGGGAGGGCGUUCCACAGGGCGGGCGCCACUACCGAGAAGGCCCUCUGCCUGGUUCCCUGUAGCUUUGCUUCUUGCAAUGAGGGAACCGCCAGAAGGCCCUUGGUGCUUUGAGGGACCUUUGAGGGUUGAUUUCAAAAAAAUUCGCUGGAAAAACAGUUGUGUCCCUGUGGAGAUGGCAGUAUUGAGUCAGUGGCUCAUGUGCCUCUGGCUUGCACUCUUUAUGAGGAUUUGAGGAGUGAGGUUAUUACCCCUCUGUUAUUCUCCAUGUUGGGUCGCUCAACCAUUGCUACUGUGGCCUUCCUUUUAGCAGAUCAAGAUGAUCAGGUUACAGCAAAAACUGUAAGGUUUUUAGCGGGGGCAAUUAGAAUAAGAUCUAUUAUUUGAUUAUUGAUGUAAACCUCUAAAAUGUAUUUUGUAUAGUUACGUUUUUACCUCUAUCUUCAGUACAUUAUUAUUUUAUUUUAUUGCUAUGGCCAGUGGCUGAUGCAAAUAAAGAUUCUUCUAAUUCCGAAAAGGACUGUUGCUGUCACUUUUCUGAAAAGAAAAAAACAGUCUUAAAAAUUUAUAGGGAUCUCAAUCUGAAAUAGCUCUUCAAUAAUUUAAAUUUCAGGGAGUACUGUAGUAAACAAUGGCAUUUAAUCUGAUACGGAAAACUGAUCUAGUUAAACCAAGCAUAAAUAUCAAGUUGCUAAGCAUCGCAUCCCAAUGCAAACUUAGACUGUAGCUUGCAAACUGUGUACAGUAUUUCCUUUCAACCGGUCCAAGAAAGAAAGUUUACACUUCCUAUAUUUUAAGCUUGAGAAAUGCACUGAAGUGGUACAGCGUAUCCCCAAUUUUAUCUUCUUAGAUACUUCUUUAUUGGACUUGUGGACAUCUAUUUACUUUUGGGUUUAGUCACUCGAUGGACACCUUCAAGCAAGGUCACCUGGAAGACCAGUCAGUAGUCAGCAGGAUGCAGAAAAAAUACUGGAAAACAAAACAAGUUUUAAUAAAGGUUACAGGAAAGAAAGAAGAUGAACAUGUGGUAGCAUCUGACGCAGAAUUAGAUGCCAAAAUAGAGGUAAUUAUAUACAUACAUAUAUCGGAGAGAGAUUCAUUUAUAAGUACAGUUCUUUAAUAAUACCAUGGGUGGCAUACAACUUUUACUCAGAGUAGAACCAUACAAUUAAAUCAGGGCUAUUACUUCCAAUAGGUUUACGCUGAGUAAAAGUUAGCUGAAUUUAUCAAAUGGUUAUUGAUUCAGCUUGUAUUUGGGAGGUUUGCUAGUUAAAUCAACGAUUAUUUCAGUGUUCACAUUUGUUUUUCUGGCCAAAUUAAUUUGCUGACACACCUUUUAUUUUUAAGGUUUUUCACAGCAUUCAGGUGACCUGUACAGAUCUUCUGAAGACAAUUGAAAAAUACCAGCAGAGACUUAAUGGUAAAAUGGACAAAAAUCUACCUGUUUGUUGCUUUAUAAUAAUGCUUUGCUUGAUGUCAGAUUCCUUAAUCCAUGUUACAGUGAAAUAAGAUAUAUAUUCUGUACUGAGUGAGAUGAAUGUUUUCAGGCUUUCAGUUUUUGCCAUAUAUUAUUCAUAGCACUUUACAACAAGAGGUGUACCAUAAGUUAGUUAAUAAUUCCUGCACUUUCAGGUUGUGAGAUUGAUAUUAAACAGCUGUGAAGAUGGUGGCAGGCAGCAGAGUGAAUCAGGCCCUUUGAAUGUACUUUUGAAUGCUUGAAACAUCCCCUCAUGGAAUGGAAUGUCAAAGGACCCAGCUCCUUUUCGAUGUGACCACAGGGCUGCUUGCCCAUCUCUACUUUCAAUAGUUAAUUUAUUAUAUCCUUGUUGUCAGAACAGUGCAGCUAUGAAAAACUACAGUAAGCCUAUGCCUAAAGCCAAAAUUGCAUAGUCAAGACACAUUGGGUUCAGUGGUGGGUGGGAUGAGCAUGCAUUUCCUGCAAUAGAGAGCACCUCACGUAGUUUACGAUCUAACAACAUCACUAAGAAGAAUGCUUUUCCUUUCCUGACUUUGCUUUUAAUUUGUGUGAAUAUGUGUGAACUGAUUUAUUAUGUAUCUCCCUUUUGUAGAUCUAUCUGAGCAGGAAAACGAACUAGGGCUUUUUUUAAAGUUGCAAGCAGAUCGGGGUGAAGCUCAAAUUGACAAGAUGACUGAUGCCACUGGCCAGGCCCUCUGUUCUUCUUCCCAACAAAGGUUUGUGUGUUGUAUAAAAAUAAUAUGUUGACUAAGGGACGCGGGUGGCGCUGUGGUCUAAACCACUGAGCCUCUUGGGCUUGCUGAUCAGAAGGUUGGCGGUUUGAAUCCCUGCGACGGGGUGAGCUCCCGUUGCUCCAACCCAGCUCCUGCCAACCUAGCAGUUCGAAAGCACACCAGUGCAAGUAGAGAAAUAGGUACCGCUGUGGCGGGAAGGUAAACGGCAUUUCCAUGCGCUCUGAUUUCCAUCACAGUGUUCCGUUGCACCAGAAGCGGUUUAGUCAUGCUGGCCAUCUGACCCGGAAAGCUGUCUGUGGACAAACUCCGGCUCCCUCGGCCUGAAAGCGAGAUGAGUGUCACACCCCAUAGUCGCCUUUGGCUGGACUUAACUGUCCAGGGGUCCUUUACCUUUACCUUUUACUUAAUACGCUGAAUGAGUGUCAGAUCCUUUUUUGAUGUUCCAUAGUGCAAAUAACUUGAAUUGAGACAAGAGUAAGAACACUUCUUCAAAAACCAAUGAAUCCACAAGUAUUAAUUUCUCUCUGCUAGCUCCUUUUAGGUGUUCUUUGCUCCUAUGUUGAACUACAUGAGAACAAGGAGCACAUUGCACCGAGUAGCCUCAUGCCUGAUGUUGCACAUUCUUCCCUUGAUAUCUGCAAAUAUAGCACAAAUGUCUGUAGUGAGAGGGCCUUUGCAUGUAUCACUGUAUGUGUGAAGCCCUCUCUGGAAUCUGCAGGCAAGAUAGAAAUUCACUAGGAGAAGGGGGGGUAUGAUCUUGGCUGUAUCUGACUGGGCAUGAUAGGUAAGACCAGUUUUUGAAAAUGUCUGCAUAAGAAGCUUCUGCAAAGACCAUUUUGACUAAAAGUGCCCAUGCAGAAUUCAAAUUGCAUUCAUAUAUGCUCAGGUUAUUAUUUGCAAAAAUAAACUUUGCUGCAAAAUUACGUGACUUGACUCACUAUGAAGAUAUCCACGAAAUAGUGUUUAGGAUUAAUGGAUAAAAUUCCAAUUUUUUAAUGGUAUUUUUGAAGUAAAUGCGAUGUACAUCUCAGUUGGAUAGCGUUUAAGAUAUUAAUAGUCUGGUGCUCUUUAUUGCUAUGCAAGCUCAACUUCACAUGAACCUCCCAUUGAAAUCAGGCUGCAGUUUUAAAAAACCUUUUUUCAGUAUAAAAACACAUUUCUUUCUUACAAGGUAAGGGCAGACACAACUAUUUACAACAUGACUAGUAUUAUUUUACUUAGAAGUAGGGUUUUAGUAUCACUCAUGGUUGUUGUACAUACAUCAUACAUUAACAUACAUUAACAAGGACGUUAAAAUAGUUACAUGAAUUAAGCCUUUCUCCAAUACAAAUAUUGAUGAUUGGAACUGCUCAUUAUCCUCUAUAUCCUCUGCCAUGUACCACUGGUGUUUUGGUGUGAUAACUAAUCCAGUUCACUUUCCCCCUCACUUCAGGCUAGCUCUUUGCACGGCUUUGUCUCGCCUCGGACAAGAACUUGCAACCUUUAGUCGGAGGGCCGUGUCAGAUACUUUGCUUACAAUCAAUCGAAUGGAGCAGGCGCGCACAGAGUAUAGAGGGGCUUUGCUGUGGAUGAAGGAUGCUUCGCAAGAACUGGACCCAGACACUUGCAAACAAAUGGAAACAUUCAGAAAAGUAGAUAUUCCCAAAGCUAAGAUCUCCUAGGCCAACUUUUCCCAGCCUGUUGCCCUUCACAUGUUUUGGACUACAACUCCCAUUAUCCCUGACCAUUGGCCAUGCAUCCUGAUGUCAUGUGUGCAACAUUGCUGUUAAGUUGUGGGUGAACAUAUCAGACGACACAGCGAUUCUUCAAACAGCUCUUGCUUAUUCACAGGCCAGAACAGAACUGAACUGAAGGGUUCAGUCAGCCUGCUUAUAUAGAGCUCCAGUACAACGUUACUGUAACAAUUUUCUAAAACUAUCCAAUCACUGAACGUCACUUUCGAUCCCUUAUUUGCAUAACUAUCUACAGUAUCCCCCUGCUGGUCCAGGGUGAGAACUUCAGUACAUAACAAUUGCCCCUCCCCCAUCAUCCUUGCAAGCCGGUGCCUCUGCUAAUGGGAACUGUGAUCCAAAAGGUUGGGGUUGACUGUUGUAGGCCCUGUUUCUUCCAGGGAUUGCAUCUGCGGAAGGAUUGGUGAUGAGUUUCAAGCACAUGCACUCUCUUCUGAAAUCUUUCCACGCUCCGUCACACCAAGAAGUGGGAAUCCCAUAGUUAUUUGUACGUUAAAUCCCCCUGGUUCUGCAGGAUAAAAUGGACUUUUGGAGAUUUCAAGAAAGGAGUUAAAGAAACAAAGACUUGUCCUUAAUUAAGAGUAAUAACUCCUGGGGUUUGUGUAAAUAUUGGAGGAAUAGGAAGACACAUCCUCCUAAAUAAUCACUGCAGAAGUAAUUUAUUCUUUUGCUUAUGUUUGUUUGAAUUGGCAAGGAGAUGUCCAGUCAGUGCUUCAGCGUGAGAGGAAUAUGUAGAGUAUACACAGAUCAGUAUACAACAUACAAAGAAGCUAAUGGGAGUUGUCAUAGCACUAAUACAAGGUUAACUGUUCCCCCAUACAGCAUGUGACAAGCCUGAUCUUAUAGGCUGCUGUGUUUGUGCAGCAGCUCAUAUGAUUAGGCUGCUAAGUAUAAAUAGUGAAUUUUAGAGCAUGCACCUAAACGAGUGUUGUGCUUAUUUGUUUGCUUUCAAACAUCAUUUCAGUUUCCUCUUUUCUUAUUCUAGGUGCAGAUGCAGGUAAGAAAUACCAAAGCACAGUUUGAUAAGCUGAAGAUGGAUGUUUGUCAGAAGGUAGAUCUUCUUGGAGCCAGCCGCUGUAAUAUGCUGUCACACUGUCUUGCUGUCUACCAGGUAUCAGCUCCUGUUUUAGAUGGCCUGAGGAUUUCUGUGCCAUUGAUGAAUGACCUUUGAAGCUUAAUGUAGCCUCUUCCUGUGUUCAUAAUGAUCUAGUAGGCGUAGGAUGCUUAAGAACAGCUGACUGAUGGAAGUAUAAACGAUAUAUUAGGGUACUUCCACAUGACCUAGGUCCCAUCUGUGGAUGGGAUGUGGGUGGCGCUGUGGUCUAGACCACCGAGCCUCUUGGGCUUGCCGAUCAGAAGGUCGGUGGUUCGAAUCCCCGCUCUGUCCCAGCUCCUGACAACCUAGCAGUUCAAAAGCAUGCCAGUGCAAGUAGAUAAAUAGGUACCACUGUGGUAGGAAGGUAAACAGCAUUUCUGUGUGCUCUGGUUUCUGUCACGGUGUACAGUUACUCCAGAAGCGGUUUAGUCAUGCUGGCCACAUGAUCCAGAAAGCUGUCUGUGGACAAACGCUGGCUCCCUUGGCCUGAAAGCGAGAUGAGCGCUGCAACCUCAAACCAGCCUUUGACUGGACUUAACUGUCCAGGGGUCCUUUACCCUACACAUUUAAAAGCAGCAUCAUGCCACUUAAAUCAGUCACAGCUUCCCGCAAAGAAUACUGGGAGCUGUAGUGAUGUUCAGGGUGCUGAGAUUGGUUUGCCUCUUUCGAAGCAAGUCAGAGGAUAGCAGCUGUAUGAGGGGAAUAGGAAUCUCCUCACCACUUUUCGCAGCCUUAACAUAGCUACAGUUCCCAGAGUUCUUUGAGGGAAGCCAUGAAUGUUUAAAGUGGUAGGAUAGUGUCUUACAUGUACAGUGCAGAUGGGGCCCUUGAGUAGUUAAAGGCAAGCUUUCCCUGUUCACCUUAGAAUUAGAUCAGUUUUUUUAAAGCUCCUGUAGAACACUCAGAAAAAAAUGUCUGUUUGUUUUUUCCUCCAGAAAAAGACAACUCCACCCUUGCUCUCUGUGCUACUUCACCUUUUUUCCAAGCUAGCUGCGCAACCACAAUUGACUAAAAUGUGUCCCUAAAUAACAGCCCUGGAGGGCAAGUGUUUCCUGAUGAUAUUUUAAGUGUAGCCUGUCCAUUUCAAUGCAAUCAUAUAGAAAAAUAAUGACAUCUAUUCAUUAUUUACUGUAUAUCCUUUGCUAUUUCAAUUUUGUGCGCAAAAUGGUUUUUUAAAAAGAUAAUAUCGUGCGCGCGCACACACACACGUACAUACAUAUACUGUGAAUGUAUUUUACUUUGCUUUCUUUAGAUGACCUUUUUGCAUUUCUGUGAAAAGUCUGUUCAAAAGAUGAAUGAAAUUAACGAAGGCUUUGCACAUCCCCACUCGUAUCAUCAGAAUGCAUGUGAGGUAAAGAUAUUUUUCACUUAGUUGGUCAAUUAAAAAAACCACGCCAGGUCUAGAGAAGUAAGCACACUGCAUAUUGUUAGCUAGUUUGGGAUUGUGUUUCCUUGCUUGUAUCCGUUUUAUAGCAGAACCUCGGUUGUCAAACGUAAUCUGUUUCAGUAGACCAUUCAACUUCCGAAAUGUUCAACAACAUAUGCACAAAGGGCUGUCAGCAAUUUCCACUGAGAAAAUUGAAAAACAAUCCACGGAAGCCGUUCGACUUCUGAGGCACGUUCGAAAACGGAAGCAAUUACUUCCGGGUUUUCGCCGUUUGGCUUCCAAAACUUUUGGCUUCCGAGAUGCUCGAAAACCGAGGUUCCACUGUAUUUCAAAAUAUACUGUUUAGCAUUUAGGUCAGUCAGUACAGCAUAUUCUGCGCUCCAAGUGUAUUUUCAAGUGUAUACUUAGGCCCAAAUUACUCAUUUUGGAAAGAUAGGCCACUGCCAAGCUGUGUCUUCCUAGCAAAGUGUAGUUGAAAAAACGUGUGAUGUGAUAGCAUCAUAUUAAUAUCUCCCUGUCUCAUGCUGCUUGUGGGGCAGAGGUGUGAAAAAACUUAAGACAUGUAAUGACAUGUAAUUCAUUUCCCCAUCCACAAGUUAUGACUUUUCUUUAUCUGAAAUAUGUGGUUUGAGCCUUAGGUGUAAUUCCAAAAAAACUUGCAUAUGAGAUAGGAUUGGGCUUACAAUCACCUGGGAGAAAGUAGUGGUUUGUCUUGCAUGGGGACGUCAUGACUGCCAUGAUAUUCUCCUCCAUUAUUUUAAUGUCCUUUUAGUUGUUACAUUUAGGAAGGGCUAUUCCAGUUUGGAGAGGGAUAUUUGUAUGUACUGAUUAGGUCCCUGCUGGUACAACAGCACCUCCAUGGCAAGAGAUGUCCCAAAAAGCCUUUUAAGAUGCAUGACUGUCUUGAAAGGCAAAGGAAAAAUGAAGCCUUAACUGUGACCAUAGUAAUAAUGUGAAAAAGAAACAAGGCUUGGUAAUUCUAUCAAUAUGUGGCUCGUAGAGUCUGCUUGCCUUUCCAUGAUUGUUAAUGCGUGCUUAAGGUUACAGCCCUUUAUUUUACACCAGCUGUGGGGCCUUAGCACCUGGUAUACCUUAGCACUCGGUCCAGUAUACCUGGAGGAGCGUCUCCACCUCCACCGUUCUGCCCGGACACUGAGGUCCAGCGCCGAGGGCCUUCUGGCGGUUCCCUCACUGCGAGAAGCCAAGUUAGAGGGAACCAGGCAGAGGGCCUUCUCGGUAGUGGUGCCCGCCCUGUGGAAUGCCCUCCCACCAGAUGUCAAAGAGAAAAAUAACUACCAAACUUUUAGAAGACAUCUGAAGGCAGCCCUGUUUAGGGAAGCUUUUAAUGUUUAAUAGGUUAUUGUAUUUUAGUGUUUUGUUGGAAGCCACCCAGAGUGGCUGAGGAGACCCAGCCACAUGGGCAGGGUAUAAAUAAUAAAUUAUUAUUAUUAUUAUUAUUAUUAUUAUUAUUAUUAUUAUGGUAGGAGCCAGUGGGGUACAUAAAAGCCGCUGUCAAGACAGGUGCACAAGGGUGGUGGUGUUAAGUUGUGGGUGAACAUAUCAGAUGACACAGCGAUUCUUCAAACAGCUCUUGUUUAUUCACAGGCCAGGACAGAACUGAACUGAAGGGUUCAGUCAGCCUGCUUAUAUAGAGCUCCAGUACAAUGUAACUGUAACAAUUUUCUAAAACUAUCCAAUCACUGAAUGUCACUUUUGAUCCCUUAUUUGCAUAACUAUCUACAGUAUCCCCCUGCUGGCCCAGGGUGAGAACUUCAGUACAUAACAGGUGGGAAUAUGAACAGGGUUGUGUUUUAGGGGUAGGCCUGCUAAGAUGCUGCUUAGCAGUACCAGCUUAGCAGAUGGAUGGUUGUGGCAUGGUCCCAUGUCUUCUCAGGAGGAUUCCAGUUAGGUCCUGAAGCUGGGGUGCUAGCCUGCAGGGGUGCCUGGGGCAUCUAGAGAUCUGUAUCCUUGACUCGUGUGACAGUGGGUGUUGUGGUAUUGCGUGCUUGUGUGUUGUGCACAUUGAGGUGGCAUCACAUCGCCCUGCCAUCCCCUCACAUUAGCCAGUGUGGAUUUACUGCUCCAUUUGUGGCCAUCAUAAGAGCAGUGCCUCUCUCAUGUCCUGUGACUGGGGGGCAAUGAUACUGUUGUCAAGGACGUUGGUGUUAUGUACUGAAGUUCUCACCCUGGGCCAGCAGGGGGAUACUGUAGAUAGUUAUGCAAAUGAAGGAUCGAAAGUGAUCUUCAGUGAUUGGAUAGUUUGUAUGCAAAUGAAGGAUCGAAAGUGACGUUCAGUGAUUGGAUAGAUUUAGAAAAUGGCAACAGUUACAUUGUUCUGGAGCUCUAUAUAAGCAGGCUGACUGAGCUCCUCAGUCAGUUCUGUUCCAGCUUACAAAUAAAGAGCUGCUUUGGAAGAAUCGCUGUGUCGUCUGAUAUGUUCGCCCACAACUUAACAGUUGGAGGCACGGCUCGUUUUUGCUGUGGUUUUACAUGCUCCUCCCUCUUCGUCCUGUGCAGAGCACAUAUUGAUACAGUGAUGUUUCACUGGCAUACUGGUGGCAUCGUCCAGCCCCAGUGUAAUUGUGAUAAGGAAGGGGUCCAAUAUAAAUCAAUAGGUAAAUAAAUCUAAUUACAAAGCAUAGUAUUUAUUCUUUCUCCCUAGAAGAUAACCCAUCAGAUGGGUUACUAGCUUAGCAAUGUUCUAAUAUCAACAGCAAGCUUUCAGCACGUGCAGUACUUGUUUAAAACAAAUCACAUUAAGGUUUUCUGUUUUUAACUAUGGUGGCCUGACAGUUAUAUGUAUAAGAAAGCUAAUACUCUUACACAACUAGUCUUAGCCCAAUACAAGUCUUGUUGGAGGGGAUCAAACUAUAGACAAUUUUAUUUUAAAUAACAAUUUUAUGAGCAAUUGCAGAAGCUUGUUAACCAAUCUACUGAGGAAGAGGAGGAGAAUGCGGAAGGAGACACUACCCCUGAAAUGCUUGAUAAGUAAGUUUUAAUGGUUUAACAUUUCAGAGAACUAAAUAGCCAAAACUGAGCACAUAGUCCAGCUUUUUGCAUGCCAGGUAAGGCUAAGAAGGGAGCAAGGCUUACUUCAUUUCCUGGAGGCCACAUGGUGGUGGGGAGAAAGAGGCAGACCAGGUCAAAGGGGUCAGAGCAACUUGUAAUUCUUGACAUCGUAAUUGUUACCAUCCUGGUUGCUGAGGGUCUCUGGAGGAGGCUGGCCUACCCAUUCCCUUCCUUCAUUCUCCAGGCUCUUGCAAGUGAAUAAAGAUUUCCUUAGCUGGUUCUCAGUGUCAUUCAUCUCGAGUGGGGACCUGCCAGUGUCUCUCCUAUAUUCCAUUUAGGGUUUGUUGUUGUUGUUGUUUAGUCGUUCAGUCGUGUCCGACUCUUCGUGACCCCAUGGACCAGAGCACACCAGGCACUCCUGUCUCCCACUGCCUCCCACAGUUUGGUCACACUCAUGCUGGUAGCUUCGAGAACACUAUCCAACCAUCUCAUCCCUUCUCCUUGUGCCCUCCAUCUUUCCCAACAUCAGGGUCUUUUCCAGGGAGUCUUCUCUUCUCAUGAGGUGGCCAAAGUAUUGGAGCCUCAGCUUCACGAUCUGUCCUUCUAGUGAGCAAUCAGGGCUGAUUUCCUUAAGAAUGGAUAGGUUUGAUCUUCUUGCAGUCCAUGGGACUCUCAAGAGUCUCCUCCGGCACCAUAAUUCAAAAGUAUCCAUUCUUCGGCGAUCAGCCUUCUUUAUGAUCCAGCUCUCACUUCCAUACAUCACUAAUGGGAAAAACCAUAGCUUUUACUAUACGGACCUUUCCAUUUAGGGUACACUUUAACAACUGAUUCCAGGACAUUGGUCUGAGGACCAUUUUGCAGAAGCUAAGCAGCUCUGGGCGUGGUCAGUACCUGGAUGUGAAAGAUGGGCUAUAAAGCUGCUAAAUAAAUAAACUGAAAUUAACAGAAGAGUCUGCUCAUGAGCACCUGGACUGCUUGAUGCUCUGUGUAGGAUGGGAAUUCAUGUGCUGCCAGGCCAGUUGGAUACACUAGUGCAUUGGGGGGGGGGGGAGCUGCUGUUACUCUCUAAAUCAGGGGUCAGCAAGGUUUAUCUUGCUUGGCCCGGAUUGCGCGUGUGCCCGCAAAUUUUGGCGUGUGCAGAUGUGAUUUUGGGGGUCUGUAUCUGCGCAGAUACAAUUUCCAGCACUGUGGAAGCGAGUCCCCACGCUGCGCUAAACUGGCGAGCAGGCAACUCAGUUCGGGGGCCGGUCAAAAGACCUCAGCGGGCCGUUUCCGGCCCAUGGGCCUUAGGUUGCUGAUCCCUGCUCUAAAUAUUUGGUGCACAUGUGGAGCGUCUGCGCUGUAUCUUUUACAAGGGCUGUCAGAUGUGAUCAACUAGGUGAAUCCAGAGAGCAUGAAUACCUUGUUGUGGCAAUGGGAAGCUACCUGUUAAGUUGUGGGUGAACAUAUCAGACAACACAGCGAUUCUUCAAACAGCGCUUGUUUAUUCAGAGGCCAGAACAGAACUGAGCUGAAGGGCCCAGUCAGCCUGCUUAUAUAGAGCUCCAGUACACAUAAUUGUAACAACUUUCUAAAACUAUCCAAUCACUGAACGUCACUUUCGAUCCCUUAUUUGCAUAACUAUCUAUCCCUGCUGGCCCAGGGUGAGAACUUCAGUACAUAACACUACCAACCUACACCCUCCCCACCCCCCAUAACCCAUUUAGAAACAAACAACACCCACUGGUUUUACAACCCGGGCUGUGGGUUUUCAGCUUUUAAAAUAAAUUCUUUCUAAAACUAACAUAAUACUUAAGGGCAGGGCAUUUUUCAGCCAGAACUCGCAGGCACCACUGCCAUUACAAGAGAACAAGGGUGGCUUUUGUGGUGAGUUCCGGCACUUCUUUUUCUAGGGGGGAAAAAAAGCACUGCUUAAGGGAAAUAGAAUAGUUCUGUGCAGAUAUUAUGGUAUUCCUUGGAUCUUGACCAUAUGAAUUCAGAAAUAAAAAUUGGAAUCCUGAGAAAACUUAGCUGGUGAUAUGCUCUUUUGAACUCAUUGGGAUUUACUUUAGAGAAGGUAUACAUAUUUAGGCUUGCACUGUUAUGAGGCAUUCCUAUUUUUACUAAUAUUACCACAAAGAAAUGCUUCCAGUGCCAUAAAGCUUGAUAUGACUGACUUCUAUUUAUUUUUACUCAAGGCUGAUUUUACUGGAUGAAGAUGCCUCUGAAAUUCUGUCAGACUCAGGUAAGAUGCCAAAUAUUUGGUUAGAUAUCUCUGGAACCAGUAACAAAGGCUUUGUGGUGUUUCAGGCCCCCGAGAUGAUGAUGAAUAUUAGGGGGGGGGAGCAUUUCUGAUUCGCCACUCCAUUAUUCUCCCCCUUGCAUGCGAAAGGUUCCAGAUUUAAUUCCGGGCAUCUCCAGGAAGGGCUGAGAAAGAGUCUUAAACCUGGAGUCUCACUGCUAGUCAGUGCAGACAUUAAGUAAGCUUGAUGGACCAAUGAUCUAAAUCAGAAUAAGUCAACCUCCUGUAAUAUUCAUUUAUUUCCAAAUUCAUCUAUAGAAUAUUCAAGAGGUGUACAAAAGUAGAGCAUAAUACAGUGGUACCUUGCGUUAAGUACUUAAUUCGUUCCGGAGGUCCGUUCUUAACCUGAAACUGUUCUUAACCUGAAGCACCACUAUAGCCGCCGGAGCACGAUUUCUGUUCUCAUCCUGAAGCAAAGUUCUUAACCUGAAGCACUAUUUCUGGGUUAGCGGAAUCUGUAACCUGAAGCGUAUGUAACCCGAGGUACCACUGUACUAAUAAUAAAGCAAAAUUAAAAAUAUGAAGCCAACAAUAAUAAAAAAGCUUCAGAAAUGUUAUGUACUGAGUUGAAUAGGAUCCAAAAUGCAGCAGUCUGAUUGGUCCUAGAACAAUUGGAUCCAGAAUGCAGCGGUCUGAUUGGUCCUAGAACAAUGCAGCAGUAUGAUUGGUCCGCAGGAUCCACCCAUUCCAGCUCCAGGUGGAAGUGAAUCCACAACCUGAUUGGCCUACAGGAGAAUCCCGGAAUUAGCCAAUCACGUGCAGCCCAUUGUGUAAAUAAUGUAUAUAAAGCAGAUAUUUGGGGGGAACUUCCAUUUCCUCCUCACCACUAUGAGCUGAAUAAAGAGCAUGAAAUCCACUCUCGACCGAGUAUAUUUCAAGAAAUAAGCUAGUCUAAGAAGUCAAAAAGAACUAGGCUGUCAUAGAUAAAAGCAUGUACUUGAGUCACAGUACGGUUUACUGCAGGAUCAUGCUGCACCAUCACCAAAUCGUCAUCCACAAAUCUAAGUGAGAAGGAUGUGCGUAGGGGGAGAGGCAGCUUCUCAGAUACCCUGGUCCAGGGUUACAUUUAGCAGUGGUAGGGAGCCUUUUCUGGCCAGUGGGCCAGAUCUUAAUGGCCCUUAUGGGCAAAAGUUUGCAGGUGAGUGAAACUACACACCUGUCCGUCACCUGACACAAUAGCCCUUUGUAAGUUCCCUGUGCUGCUGGCUUAAACCUCCAAAAAUCAGAGGUUUAUAGAGGAGAGCAGGGAUGUUUAACAAAGGGCUUUGAAACAGCCUCACCCUGCUGUUUGAGCCUUUGGUUUUUGGAGGUUCAAAGAGCAGUGCUGGUAGGGAGAAGCGAUUUCCAUUGAAUAGAAACUACUGUCCACUCCUUGAGCAAGGUACACUUACACCACCUGUCAGCUAAAAGAGGUUUAAAGACUGUCUCAAGGCAAAUCUAAAAAUAUGUAGUAUAAACACCAACAAUUGGGAAACACUUGCCUGCGAGCGCUCCAACUGGAGAACAGCCUUUACCAAAGGUGUCAUGGGCUUUGAAGACACUCAAACUCAGGACACAAGGGAGAAACGUGCUAAGAGGAAGGCACACUUGGCAAACCCUCACCGUCAUCAACUCCCACCUGGAAACCAAUGUCCCCACUGUGGAAGGAUGUGUGGAUCCAGAAUUGGCCUCCACAGUCACUUACGGACUCAUUGUUAAAACCGUGUUUAUGGAAGACAAUCUUACUUGGCACACAAGCCAAAGCUGGCAAAAUGCACUCCUAUUAUAUUAUUAUUAAAUUUACAUUUAUAUCCCACCUUUUCCCCAGUCUGGUACUCAAGGCAGUUUACAGAUUAAAAUACAAAAACAUAUAUGAAAUCUGUUGUUGUUGUUGUUUAGUCGUUUAGUCGUGUCCGACUCUUCGUGACCCCAUGGACCAGAGCACGCCAGGCACUUCUGUCUUCCACUGCCUCCCGUAGUUUGGUCAAACGCAUGCUGGUAGCUUCGAGAACGCUGUCCAACCAUCUCGUCCUCUGAAGUCCCCUUCUCCUUGUGCCCUCCAUCUUUCCCAACAUCAGGGUCUUUUCCAGGGAGUCUUCUCUUCUCAUGAGGUGACCAAAGUAUUGGAGCCUCAGCUUCAGGAUCUGUCCUUCCAGUGAGCACUCAGGGCUGAUUUCCUUAUGAAUGGAGAGGUUUGAUCUUCUUGCAGUCCAUGGGACUCUCAAGAGUCUCCUCCAGCACCAUAAUUCAAAAGCAUCAAUUCUUCGGUGAUCAGCCUUCUUUAUGGUCCAGAUUUCACUUCCAUACAUCACUACUGGGAAAACCAUAGCUUUUACUAUACGGACCUUUGUUGGCAAGGUGAUGUCUCUACUUUUUAAGAUGCUGUCUAGGUUUGUCUAGGGACGCGGGUGGCGCUGUGGGUAAAACCUCAGCGCCUAGGGCUUGCCGAUCGCAUGGUUGGCGGUUCGAAUCCCCGCGGCGGGGUGAGCUCCCGUCUUUCAGUCCCAGCUCCUGCCCACCUAGCAGUUCGAAAGCACCCCUAAGUGCAAGUAGAUAAAUAGGUACUGCUUUAUAGAGGGAAGGUAAAUGGCAUUUCCGUGUGCUGCGCUGGUGCUGGCUCGCCAGAGCAGCUUCGUCACACUGGCCACGUGACCCGGAAGUGUCUCCGGACAGCGCUGGCCCCCAGCCUCUUAAGUGAGAUGGGCGUACAACCCUAGAGUCGGACACGACUGGCCCGUACGGGCAGGGGUACCUUUACCUUUACCUUUAGGUUUGUCAUUGCUUUUCUCCCAAGAAGCAGGCGUCUUUUAAUUUCAUGGCUGCUGUCACCAUCUGCAGUGAUCAUGGAGCCCAAGAAAGUAAAAUCUCUCACUGCCUCCAUUUCUUCCCCUUCUAUUUGCCAGGUGGUGAUGGGACCAGUGGCAUAUAUGAAAUAGAAAACGCUAAAAACGGAAAAGCUUAUUGCUACAUUGAAUACAACCCUAUGCCUUUGGACAAAAUAGAAUGUUCUUUUUGGCUUAUCUAAGACUGCAAUCCUAUACCUACUUACCUGGACAUAAGUACUAUAAAAUUCAAUAGAUUUACUUCUAGACAGACAUGGAUUGGAGUGCAGUAUAAGUUACACGUGAUAAAACUGAAAAAUGGGAUAGGGAUAAGGUGGGUAUAAUAUGUAGAUAUAAGGAUGGAGUGUGGCAUGUUCUGAGCGAUAAAGUGAAUGUAAAGAUUUGUUUCCCAAGGUUGCAAGGACAAAACUAUUAAAUACUAAGAGCUAUAUCCAAUUAAGUCAUGCUCAUUAGACAUAUUAAAAUCAAGGACUUGACUAACUUAGGCCCAUUGAUUUCAGUGGGUCUACUCCGAGUAUGACUUAGUUAAUUACAUCCCACAAUAUGAAGCUUUUACUGGUAUUUUUGUGUCUGAUUUUAUUUGUUGCACUAUAGUAGUACAUUCACUGAGAUGAUGUAACACCAUAAGCAGUAUUAUAAUGGACAGUGUGUCCGAUAGAUUAUUUAGAAAUUUCUGCUUGGGAUUUAUACUUUUGUAUUUGAUACAAGUAUUUCCAACAGUAUUUUCUUCUGGUAUUCCAGGGUCAGAUGAAACAAAAGAGAACCUGUGUCAGAUGAGCAAAUCUGGUGAUCCAUGCAUCCCUGAAAAAGGUAAUAAUUCUCAAUCUGCAAAGAAAUUAAUGCUUCAUUUUAUUCAUUUAUUUAACAAAAUAAUAUAUGCUGCUUGAUUGCAAUAAAACGUCAAGAUGGUUUGUAUGAAACAUUAUAAUAGCUAUAUAAAAUAAUAGAAAAUUAAUAUAUUAACACUUUCCUUUCACAAUGGCAUUCUCUGUGUACAGAAAAUAGCUGUAUUGUGAUGCGUUAAGGACAGUGUGAUUGCAUUUUUCAUUUGAUACUGGGUGCCUGGGCUAUACAGCUUGCUUCAUAUAGUAAAUAUGAUGAUGGGUGGGUGUGUAUAUACAAAGGGGGGACAGAGGUAGACACCAUGUUCUCUAAUGCCCCAUUGUUUUAACAACAAUUUGCUGAAUUCAUUAAUACCUUUUGCGAUCUUUUUAGUUGCAUUCUCUACAAUUCUGCCUCAAUUCCUUUUCCUUUUCUUUUUUUGCAUAUUCUUUAAAGGAGUGAAUUAGUGGACUGUCUUCUCUUCUGUGGUUUUAAGCCUCUCUUUCUUUUUACUAUCUCUUAAUGAAUUAGUGUGGCCUUUUGGUCUCCACUAUCAACUCCACAUUUAUAACAUCCACCACCUCUCUUGCUCCUCUUGACCUGAGGAGUCCCAUCACACCAGCAGCUGUCUUGCAACUUACCAGCUGGCUUCAGGCUCGCUGAGUUUAAGUUGGAAAAGGGACUAGGAAAUACGGGUAAUUUUCAUGCGGUUGCUAGACAACCAAGCAGUCAUUCCCUGUUGUUUCUCAGUUAACAGGAACUAUUUGUAGAUGCCUCUAUGGCUGCUGAGUAACCACUUGCAAUCCUCUCCAUUUCCCCCUCCUCUGUCACUUAAGGUUUAGUGGCCCAGCUGCCCUGAACUCAGCAGAAAAGUACUACAGCUGCUGCUAUUACACUAUAAUUUAUAGCGGCAGUAGGAAUGCUGGCUAGAACACUACUGAGCUGUUUUUUGUUUGGCCCAGCCAUAGCUACCUUAAUUAUUAUUUUUUCAAAAAAAAUUAUUGGUUUUCACAAUAUUAUAAACAAACAAACAAACACACAAACAAACAAACACACAAGACAAACAAACAUAAAUCAUAGCCUUAUUGAAAAUUACACUUAUUAACUUUUUUAAGUGACUUCCUCGCUUCCCCUUGGUUGAAUUUCAUUGCAUGUCCUUUUAAUGGUUUUCUAAAUCCCAAUUCUUAUGAAAUUUAACUUAAACAUUAACAUCCUUAAAUCUUCACCUUAUGGAAUUAAACAUAUUAAUUCGUCACUUAACAUAAAUAAAAUCCUAAGCCAAUUAAGUAUCUGCAAGCUUGCAGCCAUAGCUACCUUUAAGCACAAUGUUUUACAAAAGUAGUAGAAGCUAUCAGCUGUGUUGACGUGGGACAGCAUCCGGUUCUGGAGGAUUGAAAAUAAAGCAGUCAUGAAUAGGAGAGUACCUGAAUAGGGGCAGAGGAGUGGUAGAUCAUUCUUGAUUAGGGGGAAAAACACCUCUAAUAUUCAUUUACACUGGACAGCAGCUGGUUCACAAAACAUCCUCCCUCUGUCUCACCACACCCAGCCUUCUUUGCCAAGAACUCAGGCACAGUCAUUGUAUCUUACUUGGGUUCUGAACCCUCUCCUUUUCAUGAAUGUAGGAUUGUCCAGGCAUUAUCCAGCCCAUUUCCCUUUCCUUGCUACCAGUUCGUUUUCGUCUUCCUGAAGCACAGGAGGCAAAGUGGCUUUGCCAAAGGCCAUUCCAUAGCGUUUGCUGCAUCCUCAGCUGUUGAGGCCGCAAGCCAAAUAGCACACACAAAGACAGGCUUAUACCCUAAAAGCAGAUCUCUUCCAGCUACGGCAUCUGCCAGUGACUGAGGCUGGCAAACACAGCUCUGAACCUGAGAAACUUGCAUGCCACAAGCUAGCUCCAUGCAGACUAGACCCAAGUUGCCUACAGGCCGAGGCACGUUUGAAGGCUGUACUUUUCUUCCUAGGUGUGCUAAAUAGCUUUCAUCUUUUAAGCAACUGAUCUAGAGGAACUGAUCUUGCUGUUGAAAGUUCUCUCGGGGUUUGAAAUAAGGAAGUCACUUUAGUAAAGGGACUCCUGACCAUUAGGUCCAGUCGUGACCGACCCUGGGGUUGCGGCGCUCAUCUCGCUUUAUUGGCUGAGGGAGCCGGCGUACAGCUUCCGGGUCAUGUGGCCAGCAUGACUAAGCCGCUUCUGGCGAACCAGAGCAGCGCACGGAAACACCGUUUACCUUCCCGCUGGAGUGCUACUUAUUUAUCUACUUGCACUCUGACAUGCUUUCGAACUGCUAGGUUGGCAGGAGCAGGGACCGAACAAUGGGAGCUCACCCCAUCGCGACCUUCUGAUCGGCAAGUCCUAGGCUCUGUGGUUUAAGCCACAGCACCACCCGGAGUCACUUUACAACCUAUUCAAUUAGCCUGUCAGUUUGUUUUCAUGGCACUAAUAUUGGAGAAAUGUAUUUGGGAAACAUGUAGAUGACAACCAAGCCAUCAAGUAUUUCGAAUUCUUACGUACCAGGACUUUUCCAUCCCUAUAUCACUCUGCAAGACUUCAUUAACUACAAUGCCUUGGCAGUAACAACCUUUGGUGGUAAGUUGUGUAAGAAGUAGAAAGUUCAAUUUAUCUCAGCCACCACACUUCUCACUCCAGUCAACAUGUAGCAACUAAUUCUGUGCCCAGAUUCUUUUACAAAACUAACAAAACACUCUGUCAACUAGUUGUACAAGCAGGUGUGUGUAUCUAUCUCCCACUUCUUUCUGAAACAGCCAAGUUUCAGGAUUUUCAUUUUUAAAAUGACCUUGUGCAGUCUUUGCUACUGGCUAGGAAGGAAGACUUUACUUAUGGGGCAAGUUUCUCAGGUCCAGCUCUAGAAUCACAUUGUGCAAUCACUGGAGAGCUAUGCAAAUUAGAGAUCAUUUGUGGUAUGUUAUUGUAUAUUGAUAUACUUGAGAACAAAGAAUGACUGUAUUGCUAAAUAACUUUUUGAGGCAUAAGUAGCCCCAAGGGGAAGAAAUAGGCUGCUAUUCCUUUACCAUCAUCUUUUUAUUUUACAUUUAUUUCAGAAUUUCCAACAGAUUCUUUGGAAGAAGAUUUUGCGAGAGAUUUUUCUUUCCUGGAGAAUUUAUCAAGCCCCAGUUCUUCAAGCAGAGGAAAUAUUAUACAGGAAUGCCAAACUGCAGAUGAUAGUCCCUUCAUGGCUCUCCCUGUUCAGGAACCUGCAACAGAGGCAAAAUCCCUAACUCACGCAUCUGGAUUUCUGCCUUCACAGCUCCUCGAUUUUGGCCUUCAUAGUAAGUAUUAGGAAAGGCAGCUUUUUAGUAACAUAAAUGGAGGAGAAACAUGAUUUAGCAAUGGAUUGAAUGAGGGGAAUGAACAAGACAGUGAAGCUAAUGAUAAAUACUAAGGCCAUGUGACUGUCAACUGGUGAUGUCAAUGGAUAAAGAGUGUCAAUGAACAGAGAAGGGCGUGGGAGAAAAGAUUAAAAGUAUGAUCUUGGACAUAUUGAGCAUGAUAAUGCACCCGAACAGAAACAUCAGGGAGGCACUUAGAUGUGGGAUUACAUGGAGAAAGUUAUGGGGAAGAGAGGUGGCGAUAGAUAUGUACAUAUAUAUAUUUUAAAAGUUUACUGACUCAGAUUGCCUACCUAAUUGACACCUGCAUACCAUCCAACUUCUUCAGAUAAAAAAACCAGGACAUGCAUCUUCUGGGAUGUGCUCCCAGGAGAGUCACAUGACCCACCAAACCCCUUUGUCAGAAUGUGAGUGCAUCACCCAAAAUGGCUGCUGCGAUCUCAUGCAAAAUAUUAGCAUGUCCCGCUUCCCGCCCCUACCGUGACACUUGGCAGGCAUGCACCUGCUGUUCCUAGAAUAUUUGCUAGACCCCAAAAUCUAAACUUUUGCCAUAGUUAUUAUUGAGGGUGUAGAGGUGGGCUUACCUGAACAGCUGUAAGCAUUAAGAAAUUAAUCGUUAUUUGGGUUUAGUCGUGAAUGGAGCAGCGUGUGUUAAAUGGUACUGUGUCAAAUAAAGACGAUCUUCCUGUUUUUCCCUCCCGGAGGUUGGAUCACACAGUCAGAAUUUCUAGACCCUUUCUCCAAACCAGAGCCUGAGAAGCAGCAAGGACCUGCACAAACCUUACCAAAGAUGCCACAAAAGUGUAAGUGAUAUAUUUCACACAAAUCCUUUUGUGGGGUGUGCAUGUUCAUUUUGUGCAAUGUAGAGGGAUGCGGGUGGCACUGUGGGUUAAACCACAGAGCCUAGGACUUGCCGAUCAGAAGGUCGGCGGUUCGAAUCCCCGCGACGGGGUGAGCUCCCGUUGCUCGGUCCCUGCUCCUGCCCACCUAGCAGUUCAAAAGCACGUCAAAGUGCAAGUAGAUAAAUAGGUACCGCUCUGGUGGGAAGGUAAACGGCGUUUCCGUGCGCUGCUCUGGUUUGCCAGGAGCGGCUUAGUCAUGCUGGCCACAUGACCCGGAAGCUGUACGCUGGCUCCCUCGGCCAGUAAAGCGAGAUGAGCGCCACAACCCCAGAGUCGGCCACGACUGGACCUAAUGGUCAGGGGUCCCUUUACCUUUACCUUAGCUUCUGAAAAGGAAGGUAAUCCUGACAACUGUAAUGUACUCUGAAUCCCCUGGGUGAGAAAUCAGCUCUUUAAACAGAAACUGUAAAGGCAAGUUUGAGGGAGUGAUACAAAUGCGGAUUCCCUCCACCACACACACACACACAUUGAGUAUGAGGUGAAACCAUCGUUGGGACAGGGCAGUGUCCAGUAGAAAAAGAAAGCCCCUCUAACCCCAUUCUGGUCUUCCACUUUAAAUGGCAGCCACAGUAGCUUCAUUAAGUAAAUAAAAUUCCCAACAAAAAGUAACUGAAUUAUAUGUAAUGCUUGCAGUACUAAACAGACAACUUGUUUUACUGUCCAUUGACCUUGAUUGUUAGGAAUACAGUGGUACCUCUGGUUAUGUACUUAAUUCGUUCCGGAGGUCCGUUCUUCACCUGAAACUGUUCUUAACCUGAAGCACCACUUUAGCUAAUGGGGCCUCUGGCUGCUGCCGCAGCACUGGAGUACGAUUUCUGUUCUCAUCCUGAAGCAAAGUUCUUAACCCGAGGUACUAUUUCUGGGUUAGCGGAGACUGUAACCUGAAGCGUAUGUAACCCGAGGUACCACUGUACUUGUCUGUUUAUUAAAUAGUUUUUAAAAUUAACAACUAUUAUUUCUAAGUGGCUUAAAAGGAUACAGUACAAAGAAGUAAAAAUCACCAAUCCACUCAUUAAUUAAGAUGAAGGAAGAGAAUGUCUGAGCAGUAAAAAAUAUUUCUUAAAAUCUCUGUCUAGGUCAGGGGUGCCCAAACUUUCUUCAAAGAGGGCCUGAUUUGAUGAAGUGAACAUGCGUGAGGGCCGACCUUUUUCUACGAUAAUUUUUACCCCAUAGUUGUUGAUUUUUUUAAAGGAUUUGAUCCCAAUAGAUAAACUGCCACAAGGGCCAGAUGAAACCCUCAAAACAGACUUUGUUUUUUUAAAAAAAGAUAUUUAUUAAACUUUUCAACAUGUUACAAAAAUGAGCGAAAAAAGAAAAGCAGAUAAAAAAAGAAAAAAGGUGUAAAAAUGGAAAAAUACAAAAAUACAAAGUUAAAAAAACAAAUUAGUCUUUCUAUGUCUUAUCCUUCAUUUACUUGUUUCCUCGACCUCCUCACACCUCCCUUUUUUUGUAUUCCAGUUCACAUAUUCUGUUCAGCAGUUCCCUCCCCUCUUUUAAAUAUCCUAAUCAAUAAUCAUAAAGAUAUGUACUUUUGGAUUUUUACAUAUUACAUAGUAAACCCUUUUUUCAUCUUCCCUUGUAACAUUUCAGCUAAGAACCACUUAGUUUUUAUCGAACAUCAUUCUAACAUUCAUUAAUUUUACAAUAUUUCUGUAGAUAAUCUUUGAAUUUCUUCCAAUCUUCUUCCACCGACUCUUCUCCCUGGUCUCCGAUUCUGCCAGUCAUUUCCGCCCCUCAAAACAGACUUUGGACAUGCCUGGUCUAGGUCAAACAAUGAAAUUGGUUUCUUUUACCUGUCUUUCAGCUGUGGAGAAGACUAGUAGCCAAGACAUGUCAGCCUGGUUUAGUGCCUUUGCAGACUUGGACCCUCUUUCAAAUCCAGAUGCUGUUGGACGCUCGGAUGAUGAUCUCCUUACUGCAUGAUUAAGUGUAACCCAGAACAUAAAACUACUUUGGUAUGAAACUACCAUGUCCUUCCAAGAGAGACCUUAAGACACGGUUGCAGACAUCAUCGCAGAUAAAGAACAUCCAUGUUGUCACAUAAAGAAUAUCAGGAGUGUAAAGACCACCUAUGUUUCUUGAUUUCAUGAUCAUUUCCAAUGCUAUAAAACUUUACUAAUUACUACUGCAGAAAUGUCUUACAACACAAUUAAUUAGGAUUUCACCCAUAAAUUCAAUAAAUGAAAGUUAUAGGAAGCUGGGCAAACUAUAUUAUCUUUACUAUUACAGCUAGAUAACUAGUGUUCUUUACGUUAAGUCCUUGGUGCAUAUUUUUGCUUAAUCACUUCUUGGACUUUUGCCCUCUUAUAUUUCAUCUGUUCUUGAAGGACAAGCAGUAUAGACAAGCAGUUAUAUGCAUAUAUCAUCAUAGUUUUCCAAACCUUUUUCAAAAUGCCCAGUACAUUGUAAAAUUCCCUAUAUUGCACAUAUAAGCUAUUUUUAAAGUACCUGUGAAGCAGGAUAGAUAAAUGAAAAGUCAAGUAUCCUGCAGCUACUGAAGAUCAGUUAUGCUAAGAGGUCCAACUAGAGUGCCGCAAGCCCUUUAUAACCUGGAAAAGGUGCAUCUGAAGGGUAAUUAGGAUCAGAAAAGUGAAGUUAAAUGCUUCCCAGCCAAUGUUUCCUUGUUGCUUUUCUCUCUGAAGAGUUCCAAAUUCAUCUUGCGCCCAUCUAGAAACACCACAGAGAGAAAACUUGCAGGCCACUUCUCGGGUCUCUGUUGUCCCUCCUGAAGAUGCUUUUAAUGUUUAAAAAGGGCUGUCUGCUGAUGUACCGCCUAUCUUGGAAAUAGAAUUUUAAGGCACCAGAACCCUACAUUGGUUGCCUGUAUUGGCAAUCUGUUUUCCACAGUACUGAUCAAUUAUUUGCAUCGCUUAAGAAAGCAAACAUACCUAGUACCGAGUCUGCUUUCAUCUUUCAUCUGUUAUACAAGUUCAUUAUUUGGAAACUGAUUUCUAAAUAAUCAAUGAACGGUAUAGCUCCCCUCUCUAUAUAGGAAAAUGUUAACAGAUACAUAAUGCUUCAUAUUUAAAGAUAUAUUCUAUUUAGAGACAUGCGCCUUUUGAAUUUAAAUUGGUAGCUCAUUCUUCUACUUGUGACUGCUUGCAGUUUAAUAAAAAAUGUUACAGAACCAUCUCAUAAAUUGUCAUAAUUUGGUGAGUAAUUUUAGAAAGCAUGAAGUGUCCUUUAAUUAGAAAAAAAUAUAUUUCGCUAGUUAUUCUGGUAAUCAAUUAGUGUAAUAAAUAUUGUCUGAAAGUAAAAACAACAUCAAUAGUAUUGUUCUGCAUCAGACUUGUUGAUUAUUGUUGUCAAAUAUGGUUACAUUUCCAUUCAAGUUUUGCAUUUAGACCUAGUUUAGUGUCACAUCUUAUCUAUGUAAACUUCCUGGCUGCUUUUGUGGAAUUCUGGUCCCAUUCUUCUUCAUUAUAUAGUAUGCUACAUUAAAGGAUUUUUGGGAAGAUAAGAGACUAAUGCAGCUUGCAAAGCUAGAUGUGAUAUGAAAAAUUACACUUCUAUGAAUAAAAACUUUUCCCCAGCUACGUUUUAACAUCCCUUAUAUGAGUGAGUAGAAAGACUCCUCCACUUGGAGUGUGCCUGUAAGGGAACCGUUUUAUAUCACUUUCUUUGGGCUUCUGAAGUACAGCACAUCCUUUUCUGGGGCUCUCUGCAGUCUUUUUGCGAGAUUUAGACCUCAUCCUGGGAAUUGCUGCUUGUUAAGGUGCUGAGAGUUGUUCAGAGACCCCCUAUUUCCUGGGAAGAGGGAGUGACUAUGAAAUGGCUCUGUGACUCUGUUAGGACUUCAUCCUUAGUGAUCUAGUUCAGCGCUACUCAAAUUGGUGGCCUUACCAGCCCAGGUUGGUAAGGGGCUUUGGGGACCAAAUAUUAUACCAGUCCUUGGCGCAUGGGGCGGUGUGGGGAGCAGGGAGAUUGUCAGUCUGCCACAUCAGAUCAGUUGAGAAGAACACACACACAAUAGAUAUACACGAAUACAAUCCAUAGCUCUGGGAGCUUUUAAAGCAUGUAUGCUGAGUAUUGCAGUAUACGGAGGUUCGAAAAAAGUUUUGCUGUCUGUGUAUAUGAGGGAAAGAGAGAAUGUUCAUGGGAUUAAUUGAACAUACAUUACAUCAAUUUCCCUUGCAGUGCAGAUGCUCACCCUAAGCACAUGUGAAGUACAAUCCUAUGCAAAUUUACUGAGAAAUACCACUGAUUUCAGUGCUGCUUACUCCAGGUACAUAUGCAAAGGAUUGCAUUGUUAUUUGUAUAUUAUUUUCAGUACAAUUCCGAUCUAGGGGGUUUAGCUCUUGCCUGUCGUUUUGCAUUUAGGAAGAAGGCAAAAUACUAAAACUCAGAGGCUUUUAAGAAUAACAAAAACAAACUGUUUCCAAUUAAAUGCAAACAUUCUUUUUAAAAGCACAGGACACAGCACUUUAAAAAAUAUAUGGGAGCUGGGCUUGAAUGUAGAUUCUUAUCACUCUCCAUUUUGGGCCAUCACUUCCAUCCUUUCCAAACCAACGUUAAGGACAAAGAUAGUUUAAGUGGCUGGCAGAAUUCAGAGAUGUCUUCCGAAACGCAGAUGCCAGUUUCUCAUACAGAACAAGCCACUUUAUAUCUAAAUGGGGUGCAAUCAUUUGUUCGUUGGAUUUCUUCCGCAGAUAGGCAAAAAAAGGUUUAGAGGGGAUUUGCAGAAUUAUGGAAUAGGCAUGCUGUUAAGAGUUGACUACUCAGAGUGUUGGGUUAAGCCUUUGCUCCUCUUAAUCUAUGCCAGCAUUAUAGCAAAUCUCUUACAUGCAGACAGUAAACAAGGUAGCAAUAUGGCAUGUCUCAUUUCUGUUGUUUUGAUGUCUGGUUUCUUUUAUUUGGUUCUCGGGCAGAGCAAUCCUAUACUCUAAUUACCCAGGGUGGUGGGUGGGGAGGGACAGAAAAGCCACUGCAUUCUAUAUGCCGUCAGCCGCGAAGACCAGGGAAACUCGCCAGAAAGCAAAGAAAACGAAGUGAAAAUGUCAGACACGCUUCCACUGGCCCUGGAAACACCACCAGUGGCAACAACCAAUCAGGGACUGCAUCAGCGGUGACACGCCUACAUGGAAGGAGCGAAUGAAUUCACAAUGACAAGGGCAUGUCCUCAGCACACACACAACUGCAUCAGCACC